GGGCACCGUUGUGAAUUGGGUAUUAAAUGCCAUCUUUGCAAAGAGGGUCGCAUGAAUUUACGCUUACAGUCCCUUUACUGUUCGAAAAAUGUGAUCUUGUUGAAACUUUUGUGCGAGAUAGCGCUUAUCUAUAAAGCUUUAUCUUGAUAUCUAUUACCCAAGAAACGGAAAAGUCGUUCAGGGAAAACAGCACAAAAGUUCCUCUUUACACAUAAUGAUAUUACUAAUUUUAAUAAUAUUAAAAUUAUUAAAUAUUUUCCAGAAAAAUGGGCUUAUGAUAAAUGGCCCCGCAGAUCCAUGGGACCUCUUUUCCAGGUUCUGAUGAGAUCUUUUUUAAGCCUUGUGAAAACAAAGAGGUUGGCAAUCCUUGAGCCUGUGUUCUGUGGUUCAUUUAACCAAACCUCUUAUUCUACCUCCCCACUUUGGACAACAUCAUAUCAGAAAACAUUUUCAUACAGAAAAAUGUCUAGUUCAAGCCAGGAUACCUCAUAUGAAGCUGCCAUCACGGCGUUGAAUUCUCUUCAAUCCAACGCGCAAUCUAUCCAGAAAAUGCGCAACGAGAGGCAGAAAAAUGCCCAUCUUAACCUUCCCAUCACCAGGAUGUAUUUGGAAAGAACAGGAAUGACGAUGGAUGAUUUGGAUUCCAUUAAAACAAUUCAUGUCAGUGGAACGAAGGGUAAAGGAUCAACCUGUGCCUUUUGUGAGUCUAUUCUGCGGCAUCAUGGUCUAAGAACUGGUUUCUACUCGUCUCCCCAUCUUGUGUCUGCUACAGAGCGUGUACGGCUGGAUGGACUACCUAUACACAAGGAGAAGUUCACAGAGUACUUCUGGAUUGUGUACAACAAGGUUUGCAGAGGUCGGUUGUCUGAAGAUAGGCCUCCCUAUUUCCAGUUCUUGACUAUCCUUGCCUUCUAUAUAUUCUGGAGGGAAGCUGUAGAGGUUGCUAUUAUAGAGGUUGGUAUUGGCGGAGAAUAUGAUUGUACAAAUAUAAUCAGGAAUCCAGUUGUUACAGGAAUAACAGCUCUAGGGUUGGACCAUACAAAUAUUCUUGGCAACUAUAUUUCAGAGAUUGCCUGGCAUAAGGCUGGUAUAAUGAAAAGAGGAGUAACCACAUAUAUUGAUGGAGAUCAACCAGAAGCUGCACUCAAGAAAAUCGAAGAGCGGGGUAAGGAGAAAGGAGCUGAUGUAAGUAUUGUACCCUUUUUGGAUGAAUACGGCUGGGGUAGGUUCCCUAUGAUUCUUGGUCUUCAUGGACAGGUUCAACAGAGGAAUGCAUCUUUAGCCCUGGCAUUGUCCAGACAUUUCCUUUCAACUUUACUCAAGGAGCCUACUCCUGCUGUUCUUCUAGAAACUGGAGUUGGCAUUUCAACAGUACAACCCUUCAAUAUUAGAGCUGAGGAUGCCCUUGGAUUGCUAUUAACUGACUGGCCGGGAAGAAAUCAGUUGAUUCAGCAGGGUAGGAUAAACUACCUUCUUGAUGGAGCACACACAGAGGAGUCAAUUAAGGCAUGCAGAUCUUGGUUUAAUGUAGCAUCAAAGCGGUUGGUUACUAAUUCAACAGAAAAAAUAUUUAAGAUUAUGGUAUUUAAUACCUCAGGAGACCGGGAUCCCAGGGUUCUUUUACAACCUUUUCUCAAUAGUGGUCUUGACCUAGUUAUAUUUUGCACUAAUAUUGUGGGAGGUUAUGGGACCAAAGACCAGGAAAAUUUUACAACUACAGAAAAAAUACAAAUAUCAAGGUGUGAAAAUCAUCUGCACGUGUGGACUAAAAUGCAGAGCAAUGCCGCAAAUGUUCUCAACUCUGAGAACCAAGAGUCUGAAUGUGUUUCGUCAUCUUUACUAAACUUUGCCAAUCUUCCAUCGUCAGAUCCUAUUCCUGGAGUUAUUAUCCCUAGUAUUAGUGAAGCUCUUGAAUGGAUAUCUCUUGGUUCUGAUCCUAACCUUGGACCAAACCUUCCAACUAUUCCUUUGCAUCCUAUUCCUCAGGAUCUAGAGACUGCUGAUCAGAUUCAAGUUCUUAUCACUGGCUCUCUUCAUCUAGUUGGCGGAGCUCUUGCUUGCAUUCAGCCAGAUGGAUUGCCUGAGAGAGUAGUGGACCCGGGUUUAAUUGCCCGAUAUCUGGGACUGAAGAACAGUCUGGGCUCUGUUCCUGGGAUGAUGUGAAUAAUGCUGCUAAAACUUUUCUAAACAAAACAAAGCAGAAAUCUCAUUCAAGAUCUGUUUACUUCUGUUAGUACACUAAAACAGCACAGAUAAUAAUAUUAGAUGUAAAUGUAUGAUUGUGAAGUGUAAAAUCAACUCAUCAAUGUAUAAUUAAUUGUUUACUUUGAACCACAUACUUCUGAAUUAUAGAAUGUGUUUGUAAAAAUUUAACAACUAUCGUAUAUGCUAUUGUUGCUGUAUGGCCGUAUUUUAAUAUUUUUUAGAUUUUCACCCAUUUAUCACUAAACAUUAGAUUUAUUUCUCUUUAAAAAAUCAUGUUUAUAACAAUCAUUUUUUUGUAUAUGCAAGUUAUACAUUAAACGAAAUGAGGAAAUGGAAAAAAAGUUGUAAUAAGUUUAAUUUACUGUAAAAAAAUAAAGUAAAUAUUUAGAAAAAUUCAAAAAAUGAAAACUAGCAGGACAUUUUUAAUUAAAGUUCUGCAUCACUUUUAAGUGUAAUUAUAUCAAGUCAGUCACUUCAUUGAAGUCAAUGUCAUGUCAUGUCAUGUCAUGUUUUAUUUAGUACCCGACAUUCAAACACAAUCUUGUUGUUGUUGUAGUUUAAAUAAUUAAGGGUAACUUAAAAAUGGCUUCGAAGCCAGAACUUUUAGAGACCUUAACUCCUGCAUCAGAGCUUAAAACUUGAGAAUGUCGGAUAUUGAGAUCAAUGGUUGAUCUCUUUUUUUUAAUCUCCAGAUUAUAUAAUGCUUGUUCCAGCUAAGAGCACAUGAAGAUUCUGAAAUUUUAAAUCUCUUAUUAUUUUAAUCCAUGAAAUUAAUUUUCUUGAUUUCUAAAUCUAGCUGUUCGUUCACGUGUGAUAUCUGAUCUGAAUUAAUUUGUAUAAAUUACAAAUGAGCAUUUCAAGUCAAUGAAUAUGGACCUUAGAUAUUGUAAAAAUAUAUAUGUAUUUUUGUAGUAAUUAUAUACUCCUAUGUGA